UAUAAUUAUACAGCCGGGCGCUAUCAAUAUUUAACCUGUGGCCAGCAGUUGCCCUUGAAGUUCACUGUAACCAGAUUUCACAGGACUUUUUAACUUUUCAGUGGUAGAGGAUUAUAGUUUCUAUCCCUGGUAGUUCAGGAGAUCCAGACCUUAAACAAUCUCUGGUCCCUUGGACUACUUAGAAACAUAGGUCAUUUCCCAGAAAGACCAGAAUAUUUUGAGUAAGCAUCCUUGGCUACGCUGCGCUGGGGUGAGCAAAGGACCAUUUUGAGUUAGUUAGCUAGUUUAUUUUUAAAGCAGCAUUUCUACUUGGAAAUGAAGUUGUUAUAAAGGAUAGGGUUUUAGUUACCAUUGGCCAGGUCUCCACCAGAAAUGUUUGCUGGUAUAGCAAUUAGGAAUGUGAUUUUUUUUUUCCCUCAACAUUUCUAUGCUGGAAAAAGUCCUAGAGUAGACAGAGUUACACUGGCAAAAAAGUACUUUUGUUUGCUCAAUGAACCAGUAUAAGCUACACUGUCAAAAACACUUUUUUGUUGUUGAAACUGUAUCUGCAUUAAGGGUUUUUUUUUGCCAUAUUACUACACCAGCAAAAUAUAGACUAGGCCUCACUUAUCCUUUUUCAGUUUUUGGUAAACAGAUUUGAUAGAUGGGUACCAUGCUUAUGUGGUUUGAUAGCUAUAUGGUGAAGAAAUCUGUACUAGGUUUCCCUGUGCUCUGAGAUGAGCAAAGUGCUGAGCAGGACCAUUUUGAAUUAGUUUUAAACUUUAUCACCUGGUUCUUCAAUUUAUCGCACACCAUUUACCAACUCCUCCUGUUCCACUCUGCUUGAUAAUCCCAGGCUACUUCCAGCUUUCCAAAUCUAGUCUAAGCAGCUUGUCAUCUUGUUUUUUAAAAAGCAACCUUUCACAGAAAUGUCUCCUUUCCUCAGCUGUGGAAUUUCUCCACAAAAAUUACCUAAGGCAUAGGACAGGCACUAUUCAGUGCAGUAGUAGUGACAGACUAGAAGUCUGAUCUUCUAGGGCUUGGCAGAGAUAGGAAUGGUAACUUCAUAUAAUAAUUACACACACACAAGAUUCACAGCUUCCCCCAACACAUGCAUCUAGGAAAUGUCCAAGAUACUAGACCUUAAAUAAUAACCUUGUUAUGCAUAUCUAUUUUUGGACAUUUUUAAGAAGUCUCUGAUCCCUGUAGAGCCAAACUCAAGGUAAUUUAGACAUUAGUCUUAAAGGCAAAAGUUACAUAAAAGUACCCCAACACCAUUUUUAAACUCUUUGAAACAUUCAUUCCUGUUACAUCUGCGGCACACAGAGAAUGCACAAGUGUGUGCUUUGAUCGACAGGCUUUACUAGAAGAACAUAGGUGUUACUCAUGCUUAAUGCAACUACCCUACAUGGCCCCUUAACAUUCGCCAGCCCCCAUCCUGUACCACCUAUUCCCUGCCAACCCCCGGGAAGAGAAGAGAACAGGUGCAGAGUUACGACUGUGUCAGGAGUGGUCACUGCACGCCCAGUUGGCAAAGCUGACAGCCGUGAGGGGCUGUGGGGUCAGGCGAGCUAGGUACAACGAGCGGCUGCCGGUGUGCACAGGACAGAGCUCAGGUUGCCAGUUGUGGUUGGACGUCUUCCUGGAGUUUAUCACCUGACACAAUCUUUAAUUAAAGCUUCAUCUUUCAUUCCCGGAGACGCCAGGACAACCCCAGGCCGAGCCGGGGCUGCCUUGGCGUGUCCUGUCCAGGAGCCGGGCUGGCGGUGCCCAGUGCACCAGGCCCUGCUGUGCCCUGGGCUGCCGUGUGUGAGGUCAGCCCCGCCCGCCGACGGGCCGCUCGGUGCCACGUUGAGCCGCGCGGGCGGAGCCGGAGCCAGCCCCCAGGCUGCUGCUCCCCCUUCCGCCGCCUCGUCAGGUCACGGCGGGGUAUGGCCGGCUCCUCCCCCACGCAGGAAGGGCCGGGCUCCUGGCUUCCCCUCGGGCCUGAAUGGGCUCAGCACCGCCCGGGCCGCUGCGUCUUCCCUUCGGCCCUGGCCCGGCCUGGCCCUCCCCCAAUGGGGAUGCGCGUUACAGGCCGCCCGUCGCUGCAGACUGGUACCGCGCAGAGAACUGGCUGGCCGCCUCAUCCCUCUUAGCCAAUCACAUGACAAGUUACAGCACCCUGCCCAGAUAGCCAAUCACAGCCUCAGCCGCUCAGCGCCCAAGGCUUCAGUUUAAAGCCCUUUAGAGGGACUGAGCGGCUUCUGAUUGGCUUUAGGAGAAAGCUCUUUCCAUUGGAUCGGCUCUCGGGGCUGCUAGGGCGGCGGCAACGUCUUUUGAUUGGGUCUCUGAUUAUCUUCGGGUAGGUUCGGCUAUUUCCGUAACGGCCUCGCGAUUGGCUCCGAUGUAUUCCGGAUGUUUCCGUUCCCGCUCGGUGAUUGGCCCCACGCUGAUGAGGUUAUUACCGUAACCACCGCUGGAUUGGCCCCGAUGUGCUUCGGGUGUUGCCGUGCGGGGGCCUCGGGCGGUUUGACUGGGUAUUCACGGAGGCUGCUUAGGGCCGUUGCGCAGCGUAGGGCGGCGACGGGGAUAGGCGGCUGCGCGGCUUUGGCGCACAGCACACACAGAGCGCAGCGGCGGCGGCGGCAGGAGCCCGGCACGGAACGGCGGCGGCAGCAGCAGCAGCAGCGGGGACAAAGGGACUGAUCGGCGCGGCCGCGGGGGCUCCCGGCAGGAGGCAGCAGCUGCCGGCGCCGGAAGCGGCGCGGGGGGGAGCGGCAGGAGGAUCCGGCGGGUCCCAUGUGCCCUGGGCGCCCAGGGGAGCAGCCGCCGCCGCCAGGGCUCUGAAGCCGGCUGAGGAGGAGCCGGGGCCGGGAGCCGCCACCAUGGCCUGUGCCGCCGCCUCCGCCCGCCGCCCGCAUUGCAGCCGCUUCAGCGUUAGCCGCCGCCCGCUGCCCCUGCGGGCGCUAUGAGGAGCCGCGCCGGAGCCGUCGCCUCAUCCCCGCACUGAGAAGCCGGAGCGAGCGAGGACGCCCGACCGCUUCACUCCCCCACUCCGCCCGCUGAGGAUCCCACCGCCCGCGCCGGAUCCUCUUCCGAUCUCGCGAAACAACGAGCAGACCCGGAGAUCCUUGCGCCGGAGAAAAUAGUCCCCAUCGCUGCUGCCUCCCUAAGAGGAGAGGGGGGGAGAAGUAGAAAACCCGGCGAGGAAAGAAGAGGAGCUCGGCUGUAGCUUGCGCCCCAUGUGACUGGCUCUCAGGGUGGGGGCAGCAAGGCCUAGCAACCCCCACUGUUUCCCAGGCCGCAGCAGGAGCAGCAUCGGGGGGGCUCGUGUGCUGGGUGGAGGCAGCUGUUGGACCCAGUGGUGCUGCUGGGAAGGAUGUUUUUAUAAACGAGGAGUGAAGAAGCCCUGAGAAGAGAGAUUCAGAGGGGGAGAGGGUUUCCCCUGGGGGGGAGGGGGGCUGGAAUUUAAUGUUGCAUUUUGUAUCCCUCUCCACCUGAGAGAGAGGCACGCACACCAACCACCAGGAAGAGAAGAAGGCGAAAGGAAGAAAGGAGGAGAGGUGAUCAGAGGGAGAGAGAGAGAGACCAUGUCAGGGCGGCCCAGAACCACCUCCUUUGCAGAGAGCUGCAAACCAGUGCAGCAGCCUUCAGCAUUUGGCAGCAUGAAAGUUAGCAGAGAUAAAGAUGGCAGCAAAGUGACUACGGUGGUGGCAACUCCUGGACAGGGUCCGGAUCGACCACAAGAAGUUAGCUAUACAGACACCAAAGUGAUUGGAAACGGAUCUUUUGGUGUUGUGUAUCAAGCCAAACUCUGUGAUUCAGGAGAGCUUGUGGCCAUUAAGAAAGUUCUUCAGGACAAAAGAUUUAAGAACCGAGAGCUCCAGAUCAUGAGAAAGUUGGAUCACUGUAACAUUGUCCGAUUGCGAUACUUCUUCUACUCUAGCGGAGAGAAGAAAGACGAGGUGUACCUCAACUUGGUGCUGGACUACGUUCCUGAAACAGUAUACAGAGUUGCCAGACAUUAUAGUCGGGCCAAACAGACACUCCCUAUGAUCUAUGUCAAGUUGUACAUGUAUCAGCUGUUCCGGAGUUUAGCCUAUAUCCAUUCCUUUGGAAUCUGCCAUCGGGAUAUAAAACCACAGAACCUCUUGCUGGACCCUGAUACAGCUGUCCUAAAACUCUGUGACUUUGGAAGUGCAAAGCAGCUGGUUCGUGGAGAGCCUAAUGUCUCUUACAUCUGCUCUCGGUACUACAGGGCACCAGAGUUGAUCUUUGGAGCCACCGAUUAUACCUCCAGUAUAGAUGUGUGGUCAGCAGGCUGUGUAUUGGCUGAACUGUUACUUGGACAACCAAUCUUUCCAGGCGACAGUGGUGUGGAUCAGUUGGUGGAAAUAAUCAAGGUCCUGGGAACGCCUACAAGGGAACAAAUUAGAGAAAUGAAUCCAAACUACACUGAAUUCAAAUUCCCUCAGAUUAAGGCACAUCCAUGGACUAAGGACUCGUCAGGAACAGGACAUUUCACCUCAGGAGUGCGGGUCUUCCGACCCCGCACUCCACCAGAAGCAAUCGCACUAUGUAGCCGUCUGCUGGAGUACACCCCCACUGCCCGCCUGACUCCCCUGGAAGCAUGUGCGCACUCUUUCUUCGAUGAACUACGGGACCCAAAUGUCAAACUACCCAAUGGGCGAGAGAAACCUGCACUCUUCAACUUCACCACUCAAGAACUGUCAAGUAACCCAUCUUUGGCUUCGAUCCUCAUCCCUGCUCAUGCUCGGAAUCAAGCAGCUGCUUCAACCCCUACAAAUGCUACAGCAGCCUCAGAUUCCUGUACGGGUGGGCUCAUGGUACUGAUGGGAGCUGGCUUUUCAGGAAGAUGUUAAUGCAGGAGAGCGAGGUCAGACCAAUAACGCAGCUUCAGCAUCAGCCUCCAACUCCACCUGAAGUGGUCCCACGCAAGCCAGCUGCACAGGAAAAAUCACCAGUAAUUUGAGUCUUGCUCAGCAACACUGGUCACAUUUGGAAAGAAAAUUAAAAAGAGGAAAAAAACAAAACAAAACAAAACCCUGUUCAUUUUAGUGUUCAAUUUUUUUAUUAUUAUUGUUGUUCUUAUUUAACCUUGUAAAAUAUCUAUAAAUACAAACCAGUUUCAUUGUAUUCUCACUCUGCGGGGUCUCCAGGGCAAGGGAAUAGGUGGGGGGGAGAAGGGAAAGUGGAGCAAUAGAACACAUCAAUGUCUCUUCCCUUGACAAUCUCUUCGUAUGGAAAGUUUGCUGUUGUGUACUUCAGAACCAGGACUCUUGCCUCAUGCCCCCUCCCACAACAGAAAGAAGGAAAAAAAGCCUCAUUCUCUGCUGACGUUUGUUUUUUUUUUAUAACCUCUUUUUUUUAUUUUCUUUUUAAGUGAAGUUUCAGACUUUGGUGUAGUGCACAGCUUGAAUUUGGUUGGGAGCUUAGCCGGGAUCAUUCAACAGAGCUAAGCGUUUCUUGUAAGUGAAUCCAUAUCUAGGCUAUCGGAAGAACUGCCUUUGGCAUGGUCGGGGAGGUGGGGAGG